UUUCAUAAUGUACUGUGGCUUGCAUGACCAAGUGGAAACAAUGGAAGACGCUCAAAACCAGAGAAUCGGGGUGAGAAAAUACAACAAAUCUGAGUUUCCACGCCUACGAUGGACUCCUGAACUUCAAGAACUCUUUGUCGAUGCCGUCCGAAGCCUCGGAGGAAAAGAAAAAGCAACGCCAAAGCGAAUUUUGCAGACAAUGAGUGUGAAGGGACUGAAGAUUUCUCACAUCAAAAGCCAUCUACAGAUGUAUAGAAGCAUGAAAGAUCGUGAUCAAAUCGAUAUCUUUGUACGGACAAGGCAGUACUCGUCAAUGAAGCACUUGCAGGAAAUUCAUGCCCAAGAUCGUAGCAGAGUCUUCUCAACUUUCUUCCCUCAAAGGCCAGUAGGAAAUGAGUGGAUGGAUUUUAAUCAUGAAAUAUGUUCUCAAAGAAGAGAUGGACUUCGACAAACAAAAGAAGAAACUAGCGAGAACAACGCUCUUCAGGAUACACAUAUUUCAUUAUUGAACAACCGGCCUAAGGUAAACGAAAAGUUUGGGCUGCAUCAAUUCUGUGCUCUCUCAUUACCUUAUACUCCAAUAAUUCCAAGAGUAGAAGAAAAAGAUGUGGCGAUUUGGCAGGUAGCUAAUAGUCGAAGUAUUUCCCAUUCUAAUUCCACUUGUACCUCCAGUGACAUUCAAGACGUUCACUCUAUCCAAGCCAACGACAUAAACUUGGACCUAACCAUCUGAGAAACUUUUUCCACCUCCAUUAGAAUUUUGAACUAGUUAGCUAAAUACUAUCACUAUUCCUUUAUAUUCUAUUUAUUUUCCCUCUGCAUGUUAAUUAUAUAGCUAGUGAUCUUAUACACAUAUAUCUAUCUAUCUAUCUAUAAAUAAAGAUUUAUUAAUUUUGGA